CGCCGUACACCCAGCGUCCACAGAGGGGACAUUCAAACUGCUGAGACUGGCUGCUGAGACUGGAGACACGGAGCUUUGUGCCGAAACUAAAAACACACACACAACCUCAUGAAUUAAAACCGCUCAUUGGUGAGAGGCCAGUAGAGGACUGUGUGGAUUAAAACGACGACAAGCAUGGAGUUCCCGCAGCAGCAGAAACCGGCGGGGGACAGUAAGAUCACCUACCCGCCUGGAGUGAAGGAAAUCACGGAGAAGAUAAGCAACGAUGAGGUGGUGAAACGGCUGAAGAUGGUAGUGAAGACCUACAUGGACAUGGACCAGGACAGCGAGGAGGAGAAGCAACAGUAUCUGAACCUGGCUCUCCAUCUGGCCUCAGAGUUCUUCCUGAGGAACCCCAACAAGGACGUGCGUCUCCUGGUGGCCUGCUGCCUGGCUGACAUCUUCAGGAUCUACGCCCCUGAGGCCCCUUACACCUCACACGACAAACUGAAGGACAUCUUCCUGUUCAUCACCAGACAGCUGAAAGGACUGGAAGACACCAAGAGCCCACAGUUCAAUAGAUACUUCUACCUGCUGGAGGUGAGGGGUCAGGGGUUAGACUAUUGUCACUCUCCCCCCUCCCUUUCUCCCCCCUACAGUAACAGUCACAAUCAGAAGGUCCAGAUGCACAUGUUGGAUCUGAUGAGUUCUAUAAUAAUGGAGGGAGACGGAGUCACACAGGAACUACUGGACACCAUCCUGAUCAACCUGAUACCUGCUCACAAGAACCUGAAUAAGCAGGCGUACGACUUGGCCAAGACUCUGCUGAAGAGGACCGUUCAGACCAUAGAAACAUGUAUCGCAAAUUUCUUUAACCAGGUGCUGGUGAUGGGCAAGUCUUCAGUCAGUGAUCUGUCAGAGCACGUGUUUGAUCUGAUCCAGGAGCUGUUCUCCAUCGACCCUCUGCUGCUCACGUCCGUCAUGCCCCAGCUAGAGUUUAAGUUGCAGAGUAACGACGGAGAAGAACGUCUAGCUGUCGUCAGACUGCUGGCCAAGCUGUUUGGAGCCAAAGACUCAGAACUGGCCACUCAGAACAGACCGCUGUGGCAAUGCUUCCUGGGACGGUUCAAUGACAUCCAUGUCCCAGUGAGGCUUGAGUCGGUCAAGUUCGCGUCCCACUGUCUGAUGAACCAUCCAGACCUGGCCAGAGACCUCACAGAGUUCCUGAAAGUGCGAUCACAUGACCCAGAGGAGGCGAUCCGACACGACGUCAUCGUAACGAUCAUCAACGCCGGGAAGAAAGACCUGAACCUGGUUAACGACCAACUGCUGGGUUUCGUGAGGGAGAGGACCCUGGACAAGAGGUGGAGGGUACGUAAGGAGGCGAUGAUGGGUUUGGCCCAGUUGUUUAAGAAGUACUGUCUCCAUCAUGAGGCUGGGAAGGAACAGGCCCAGAAGAUCUCCUGGAUCAAAGACAAGCUGCUCCACAUCUACUACCAGAACAGCAUCGAUGACAAGUUGUUAGUAGAGAAGAUAUUUGCUCAGUACAUGGUUCCUCACAGUCUGGACACUGAGGAGAAGAUGAAAUGUCUUUACUACCUGUAUGCCUGUCUGGAUACCAACGCUGUCAAGGCUCUGAAUGAGAUGUGGAAGUGUCAGAACAUGUUGAGAGGUUUGGUCAGAGAACUGCUGGACCUUCACAAACUACCUGCCUCUGAAGCCAACACCACGGCCAUGUUUGGAAAGCUGAUGACCAUUAGCAAGAACCUCCCCGAUGCUGGUAAGGCCCAGGACUUCAUGAAGCGGUUUAACCAGGUGUUAGGAGAAGAUGAGAAGCUCCGAGUCCAGCUGGAUACUCUCAUCAGCCCAACCUGCUCCUGUAGACAGGCUGAACUCUGUGUGAGGGAGAUUACUCGUAAACUGACGUUCCCUAAGCAACCCACCAACCCCUUCCUGGAGAUGGUGAAGUUCCUGUUGGAACGCAUCGCUCCCGUCCACAUCGACUCCGAGGCCAUCAGUGCUCUGGUCAAGCUGCUGAAUAAGUCUAUCGAGGGAACGGCUGAUGAUGAUGAGGAAGGUGUCACACCAGACACUGCCAUCCGCUCUGGGCUGGAACUACUGAAGGUUCUGUCCUUCACCCACCCCACAGCGUUCCACUCUGCUGAGACGUAUGAGUCUCUGCUUCAGUGUCUGAAGAUGGAGGAUGACAAGGUGGCCGAGGCGGCCAUUCAGAUCUUCAGGAACACGGGACAGAAAAUAGAGACCGAACUACAGCAGAUACGAUCGACCCUGAUCCCAGUCCUUCAUCAGAAGGCCAAACGUGGGACCCCCCACCAGGCCAAACAGGCUGUCCACUGUAUCCACGCCAUCUUCUGUAACAAGGAGGUCCAGCUGGCGCAGAUCUUUGAGCCUCUCUCUCGUAGUCUGAACGCUGACGUCCCAGAACAGUUGAUAACCCCCCUGGUCAGUCUGGGUCAUAUCUCUCUACUGGCUCCAGAUCAGUUUGCCUCCCCCAUGAAGGCCAUCGUGGCCAACUUCAUCGUCAAGGACCUGCUCAUGAAUGACAGGUCUGUAGGAAACAAAAAUGGGAAGCUGUGGACAUCUGACGAAGAAGUUUCUCCUGAGGUGCUGGCUAAGGUAACUACACUCUACAUAUCUCUCCUGAGGUAACUACACUAUAUACAUAUCUCUCCUGAGGUAACUACACUCUACAUAUCUCUCCUGA